AUGCCUAAAACGGUCAAGAAGCGCAAGACCACGGUGGAGCCCAAGCGCCGCGGUACGACACAUUCUACCGCGGCCAACAAGUCAACGCGAGCCGACGCUGGCACUCCCGAGUCGUCGUCCAGCCCCGCCACCGAACCCGAGUCCAUGUGCCAGUCCAAGCUCGAGAACAAGAACCACAACCACAACCAGACCGAGUCCAACCCCAGUGCCACAACACUCUCACCUACACCACUCCCCACAGCCACCGCCAGCCCCCUGGUCACGACCGAGGAAGCCAAGAAGGCCAACUUUCUCCAGCUCAUCGCGACCCUGCGCGCCCUGUGGGACACCAAGACCCAGCUCCUCGCCCUCGAACGCCGCACCACGCCUCCCGCAGAGCAUGCCGAGCGCGCAAACGCCAUGUACAACUACUUUCUGGGCAUCGCGCGCGAAUUGAACCGGUUUGCGUACCGGAAAGGAUGGGAUAUCCGCGUGAACAUGGACGAUUUCUGCUGGUAG